UUUGUUGCUUCGUGGUCCACAAGAGGUGCCAUGAGUUUGUUACCUUCUCCUGCCCGGGGGCCGACAAGGGUCCUGCCUCCGACGACCCUCGGAGCAAACACAAGUUCAAAAUCCACACAUAUUCCAGCCCAACCUUCUGCGAUCACUGCGGCUCCUUGUUGUACGGACUUAUCCACCAGGGGAUGAAAUGCGACACCUGCAUGAUGAACGUGCACAAGCGCUGCGUGAUGAACGUGCCAAGUCUCUGUGGGACAGACCACACCGAGCGCCGAGGCCGGAUACACAUCAAGGCGGACAUUGAGAACGAGGUCUUGACGGUUAUCG